AUGGGGAGUGUUAACACAGAUAGGGACUGUAAUCAAGCUUUGAAUCUCCAAGACAAACAUGAUCAAGAAAACAAGGGCCAUCUUUCAUUAAGAAUCUGGGUUGAAACAAAGAAGCUAUGGCAAAUCGCAGGGCCAGCCAUGUUCAGUUUAAUGGCCUUGUUCUCCAUGAACAUGAUCACUCAAGCUUUUGCUGGUCAUCUUGGUGAUGUUAAGCUCGCUGCAAUCUCCAUAGCCAAUUUCGCAAUUGUUGGCUUCAAUUAUGGGCUCCUGGUGCGAUACCAUAUGUUGGGUAUUUACAUGCAAAGAUCUUGGAUUGUUCUAUUCUUGUGUUGUUUCUUGCUCCUGCCAUUUUACGUUUUUGCCACUCCACUUCUCAAACGUUUAGGUCAGCCUGAUGAAGUGGCAGAGCUGUCAGGAGUGGUGGCCUUGUGGCUGAUACCAUUGCACUUCAGUUUUGCAUUUCUGUUCCCAUUGCGAACGUUCUUGCAAAGCCAGCUAAAGAAUCAAGUGACUGCCUGGGUUUCCUUGGUAAGCCUGGGGAUCAACGCAUUGACAAGUUGGCUCUUCGUUGACGUGCUCCAUUUUGGGAUUGUUGGUGUGGCUAUGGCUUUGGAUAUAUCCUGGUGGGCUUUAAUACUUGGGUUGUUCGUUUAUACUUCUUGUGGUUGGUGUCCUUCUACUUGGACUGGGUUUUCCGUACAAGCCUUUUCUGGGCUAUGGGAAUUUGUAAAACUCUCUGCUGCUUCUGGCAUCAUGCUUUGCUUGGAGAAUUGGUACUAUAGAAUACUUAUAUUAAUGACUGGGCACUUGAAAAAUGCGACCCUUGAUGUGGAUGCCUUCUCAGUUUGCAUGAGUACAAUUGGUUGGGAAUUCAUGAUUCCUCUGGCCUUCUUUGCAGCUACGGGGGUAAGGGUGUCAAAUGAAUUAGGAGCUGGUAAUGGUAAAGCGGCAAAAUUUGCAACAGUUGUUUCGGUGGCACAAACAGCUAUAACUGGAUUUAUAUUCUGCAUACUUAUCAUGAUAUUAAAGAACAAGAUUGCAUUAGUAUUCACUUCUAACCCUGACGUUAUUCAUGAGGUUGAUAACCUCUCGCUCCUCUUAGCCAUCAGUAUUCUCCUUAACAGUGUUCAACCAGUUUUAUCAGGAGCUGCCGUAGGGUCAGGGUCGCAAGCAAAGGUCGCAUAUGUAAAUCUUGGGUGCUACUAUAUUAUUGGGCUCCCUCUUGGAUUUCUUAUGGGAUGGGUCUUCAAGUUGGGUAUAAAGGGCGUCUGGAGUGGGAUGAUUUUUGGUGGAACUUUUACUCAAACUAUUACGUUGGCCAUCAUAACAAUAAAAUUUAAUUGGGAUAAAGAGGCUGAAAAAGCUUGGGAUCGAGUAGAUAAAUGGUCAGCAUCCAAAUCAAAUGAUCAACUAAAAGCUCAACAUUGA